AGGGGAAAAGAAAACCUUCUUCACCAUAGCUACUUUCUCUCAGGUCUCUCUCAUCAAACCCCAAAAUAUCUUCUUCUUCUUUUCUUCCAGAUCUCAAACAGAAAAAAGAAACCCAUAAACAAAAGCUGAAAAUUUUCUGGGAAAAUCCCAUUUUCAAAUGUCUCAAAUCUGAGAUGAAGAAGAAAGCUGACAUCAAGCUCCAUGCUUCACCUCUUUCACUCUUCUGCUGUUUCUUCUCACUCUUCAGCUUCUCUUCAUGUGAACAGCUUCCAUUUUCCAGCCAUGGCGGCCUUACAGAACAAGAAGUUUACACCAAGCAACGCCGGCUUCUCUACUACGGAGACGACUUCGGCGACAGAGGGGAAGAAGCCGUCACCGUCGACCCAUCGCUCGUUUUCGAAAACCCCAGGCUUAGAAAUGCUUACAUUGCUUUACAAGCUUGGAAGCAAGCUAUUAUUUCCGACCCCUAUAAUCUCACCGGUAAUUGGGUCGGAUCCAAUGUAUGCAACUACACCGGCGUUUACUGUGCUCCGGCGCCUGAUAACGCCACGAUCAGAGCCGUCGCCGGCAUUGACUUGAACCAUGGGGAUAUCGCUGGGUACUUGCCAGAAGAGCUUGGGUUGCUUACUGAUCUUGCAUUAUUUCAUAUUAACUCGAACCGGUUCUGCGGUACUAUUCCUCGGAAGUUCAGUAAAUUGAGGAUAUUGUUCGAGCUGGAUCUUAGCAACAACCGGUUCGCCGGGAAGUUCCCUGCGGUGGUUCUUCGGUUGCCGGCGCUCAAGUUCUUGGAUCUGCGGUUCAAUGAGUUUGAAGGAAGUGUACCCAGAGAGAUUUUUGACAAAGAUUUGGAUGCCAUUUUUAUAAACCACAACCGUUUCAGAUUUAACUUACCGAACAACUUCGGGAACUCGCCGGUUUCCGUCAUCGUCUUGGCCAACAACAAGUUCCACGGUUGCCUGCCGGCGAGUAUCGGCAACAUGAGUGGCCUUGAAGAAAUUAUUUUGAUGAACAAUGGGUUGAGAUCUUGUUUGCCCAGAGAAAUCGGUAGGCUUAAAAAUAUGACUGUGUUUGAUGCUAGUUUUAAUGAGUUGAUGGGGCCUUUGCCGGAGGAAAUUGGGGGAAUGGUGAGCCUGGAGCAGCUCAAUGUGGGGCAUAAUAUGUUGUCCGGUAAGAUUCCGGCAAGUAUUUGUCGGUUGCCGAAGCUGGAGAACUUUACGUUUUCUUAUAAUUUCUUCACUGGAGAGCCGCCGGUUUGCUUGUCGUUACGGGGAUUUGAUGACCGGAGGAAUUGCUUGCCGGCGAGACCUUUGCAGAGAAGUGCGGCGCAGUGCAAGUCUUUCUUGUCUAGGUCAGUGGAUUGUAGUUCGUUUAGAUGUGCUCCUUUCGUUCCUUUUCCGCCUUCCCCGCCGGUGGUUGUAACUUCACCGCCACCUCCUCCGGUUGUUGUAAUAUCACCGGUGCCACCUACCCCAAUUUACACUCCACCAGUCCCGUUACCUCCUCCACCCAUUUACACUCCUCAAUCCCCACCACCACCACCACCACCACCAUCUCCUCCUCCACCCGUAUACACUCCACAAUCACCUCCACCACCAACGCCUCCACCACCGGUUUUCUCACCUCCGCCCCCACCACCUAUAUACUCUCCCCCUCCUCCUCCUCCUUCCCCAUUACCACCGCCACCGAUUUAUUUUCCUUCCCCGCCACCGCCCUCACCUCCACCUCCUGCUCCACCAGUUAACUCUCCUCCACCUCCACCAUUUUACUAUCCACCGUCACCACCUCCACCUACACCAACAUAUUGUGUGAGGUCUCCACCACCCCCGCCACCACAUUCACCUCCACCACCACACUCUCCUCCACCACCAAUUUAUCCAUACUUAUCUCCGCCGCCGUCGCCACUUCCAGUUCACUAUCCACCACCACCCUCUCCUCCUCCAUGUAUAGAACCACCUCUAUCACCAUCACCACCUCCCCCAAUUUAUUACAAGCCACCCCCAUCACCUUCUCCUCCAUCACCACCAGUUCAUCACCAUUCUCCUCCACCGCCCAUUAUUUACGAAAGUCCGCCUCCACCAUUAUCGCCCCCACCAGCUCCAGUAUAUGAGGGGCCAUUGCCACCGGUAAUCGGAGUGCCGUACGCUUCACCUCCGCCACCACCUUUCUAUUGAUUCUUUUGAGAAUUUUCCUCCAAAAAAGAAGGUAAAGAAAAAGUCCAUCACUUCAUAUCAACUAUGGGAUCGAACUUUCCAUUGAAUGCCAUCGAAGGGUAAAAAUCCGAGAAAAAAACAGGGUAGAGAGAGAGAGAGGGGGGGGGGUUUAAGAGGAGAAAAUCUCUCCUAUAUUUAACUGAGAAUCGGCAUCAGGAUAUUUAGUAUCCGUCAAAUAAAGAAAAUUGCAGAGAAAGUCGUAUGUAUUGAGAUGAGAUCACCAUGAAUUCUACUUGUUUUCUUUUUAUUGUUUACUAUCAUAAUUUUGUAUUUUGAUAA